UCGACGGUUGUGUCGCUUUUUUCCUGCUUGAAAAUAUAUAUAAUAAUAAUAGCCUAAACAAAAUAAAGCUUUUAACCAUUAACCCAAUAACAGAAAACCACAGAAAUAUCCAAAUAAAAACCCAAAAAGCACAACCUAACCUACUCCUUCAUAAAAAUCCAAGAUAUCCAAGAAAAAGUGUAGCAUACUUUUGUGCCGCGUUGAAAACGAAAAAUAUAACGCCCACAAGGCCAGAUUCGAGUAUGAAUAAAACACGUUAAAAACCCAUAAGAAACGGGCAAGAAAAACGACAUUUAAGUAAAUUAAGGCUCUUCAACUAGAGAAAACAACAAAUAAAAACCAAAAAACACCCGAGAAAAUAUCAACUGAAAUUAUACAAAACUUAAUCAUACGCACCAAGUGAAAAACUGUAAAAAAAGAAACGAAAAGAAAAAACACAAGGCGAACAAAACAACGAAAAUAAAGGACAAACAAAGGGAUAGAAGCCUCCAGAGGAGGAGACAAGGGAAAAGGCAGCAGCAUCAGCAAGAACAUUCUGCUGCAUAAAUAAUAAUCUCGCCACACCGACGCGUAUACGCCAUAUAGGCCAGGACAUACCAGCAGGAUAUACCACACACACACACACACGCAUACGACGGGCAGGACAUGCUCCUGUUCUAUUAUUUAACUGCUUUCAACGUCAGCACGCCUUUCAACCCGACGAAAGUCGAUUGAAAGCCGCCUUCAACGGCCCAGCAUCCCUUGCUCCUUCGCCCAGAGACAGAGAGCGAGAGCAAGAGAGAGGUCCUUUGUGGGCGAGUGUAUGUGUGUCUGUGUGACGACGUCAACGUCAAUCCGCUCAAUAUUUAUACAUUGAACCGAGUCGAGCCUGGUCCACGAGCAGGACUCCUGACCGGAUUCACAACGCAGACGCUCCUGGUCCUUCGCUGGUGCCCAAAAUAAAUAACAUCUGACAGCUGCCCGAAUCCUGAAAGCACUUAAAGGGCCGUCACAAAAAAGAAAAGGGGGAACACAAGAAAAAGAGAAAACGCGAAUAGCGAUACAAUUUCCAUAGGAAAACAUCAACCAAACUGAACGCGAUCUUAAGCACUCACAAACAAAACAAUGGGCGCCAAGGAAAGUGUCGAGGCAGCCGCCAAAAUGAACGCCGAUGGCUGGGGCCAUGUGGAGCGCGGAAGUCGCUACCACGGCCAUCGGCACAACCAGCGAUCUCAGUCGCUGAACCGCGGACAGGCGCUUUCGCAGGCGGACGUGAGCGGUAUGUGGUGA